AUGGCCAGAGAAAGGACUGUCACCGUAAACACUCUUCCUUCAAUGGAUUAUGAGACAAGGAUUUCCCCUCACAUCGGCGGCUAUGGACGCUACAACCGACUCGUGGUGCUUUUCAGCUGGUUCCCCAACUUUGCGGUCAUGCUGAAUCUUUUUAGCGACGUUUUUUUCACUCAUAUCCCGGAAUCGUAUCACUGCAAACCCGAUCCGCAGCUUCUGCCCUCCACUUUCCUCCCCAUCAGCUUCUCCAGACAGGGGUACCUGAACCUCACCAUCCCCUGGGUGAACGGCAGCGGCCUCAGCCACUGUGAACUCUUCAAGUACCCAUCAAAUACCUCGGACUUCUCCGAAAAGGUGCACAGGGAGAGGGUGUCCUGCACCGUAGGGUGGGAGUACAUCCAUGUAGCGGGGCUGCAGAGUAACUUUGUCACUGAGUGGAACCUGGUUUGCAGUGACUACUGGAAAAUCCCUUUGCAGCACAUCUGCUUCAUGACAGGAUGGAUUCUGGGAUACAUCCUCCUUGGUACAUUGUGCGACUGGCUGGGCCGUCGGCGGUGUUUCCUGCUCUCCAUCAGUCUGUCCAGCCUGCUGGGGGUGGUUGUGUGUCUUUCCAGCAGCGCCGUGGUGUUCAUGCUGCUGCGCCUCUCUCAGGGCGUCAUGCUCGCCGGGGUCUUUGUGUCCUCGUACAUCGCCAGGUUGGAGCUGUGUGACCCCCCCAAUCGUCUCAUGGUCGCCAUGAUCAGCAGCUUCUUUAGCGUGAUCGCAGAGCUGCUGUUGCCAGGUAUCGCUGUUCUGUGCCGUGAUUGGCCCGUUCUUCAGGCCGUGGCCACUUUGCCUCAGCUGCUGCUGCUUUCCUAUUGGUGCUGUGUGUCGGUGUUUCCUGAGUCUCCUCGCUGGCUGAUGGCCACAGCUCAGAUCCCUCAGCUGAAGAGGAGUCUCCGGGAGUUCUCCACCAGGAACGGAGUUUGUUUACGAGAUGAAAUCUACCCUGGAGAAACCCUGCUGUCAGAGAUAGAUACAGCCUUCGGUGAAGACUGUCAACCAAGGUACUUUUCAAUUUUGGAGCUGCGUCGAACUCAUGUUAUCUGGAAGAACUGCCUCAUCCUCAGCUUCACGCUGUUCAUUGGAACUGGCAUUCAGUACUGUUUCACCAGAAACCUGCACAGUUAUUCCUCCAACUUCUACUUCAGCUACUUCCUUCGAGUGAUGACCGGAGCUCUGGCCUGCGUCUUCAUCUGCCUGUCCGUCAAUCACUUUGGUCGGCGGGGUAUGCUUCUGCUCUCUGCCAUCAUCACCGGCCUGUCAUCGCUGCUGCUGCUCGCCCUCACUCAGUAUCUGCGGGGGGGCCUGGUGAUGGUGCUCUCUGUCUUGGGGCUGCUGUUCUCUCAGGCUCUCGCCAUGCUCAGUGUGUUGUUCGCUUGUGAGGUGAUGCCCACUGUGGUUCGAGGCGGUUGCCUCGGCCUGGUGCUGGCAGCGGGUUGUGUUGGCAUGGCCGCCUCCUCCCUGAUGGAGCUCCAGAACAACGGGGGCUAUUUUCUCCACCAUGUCAUCUUCGCCUCCUUCGCCGUCCUCUCUGUUCUCAGCAUAAUGCUCCUGCCUGAAAGCAAACGCAAGCCGCUCCCAGACUCCCUGAAGGAGGGCGAGAGCCAGCGCCGGCCCCCUCUCCUCCUGCCCCGGCCCGACAGAGACGACCUGCCGUUACUCAGCACCCGGCCCCCCCUCUCAGAGUACAACCCUGAUAACUACUCCCGCCUGGUCUCUGCCACCAGGAAGAUGUUAACUAAAGAGAGUUUGCCUUAUAGGAUCGCUGUGCCAAUGCAUGCCCCUCUGCUGUCGGACAGUGAAACACAAGAGGAUGGAACUCUGAAAGAGGUCAUGUCUUAAUGACCUCUCCUUUGUACAGACUCGGACUAUACCUCCUCCUCCUUCUAGACAUACCUCCACAGAAAGUCUACCACCAUGCUUCAUUUCAUUAUUGUCUAAGUCACUCACUGGUUAUAACUCAACUGAUGAACUGACUUGGCUUGGUUGCAGUGCACUUUAGAGCGACGGCUCCAAGCGUGUACAUGUUUUGGACUCUUCUCGUUACAUUUGUCUUUCAGAGCUGUUUGUGCUGCAGCAAAGAAAAACUGUGGUGCUUCAUUAGCAGCUUAAGUGUUUAUACCUUAGCCUUGCUCGUCUGUCUGUCAGCUUACAAACCCAAUCGUCAGACACUAUUUUCCCCAGAGAAGCUCGCUCAACCGUGAGGCUGCUGUUGAUCAUGUGGGCCGCGGUGCUUUGUCCAUUUAUUAGUGACUCUUUUCAUGAACUCAUCCAUCUCAUUGACGGGGUAUGCUAAGGUAAGCUGUGUCUCAGUGCUGAGCGGAUCCCCAGGACACACAAGACAAGUUCACUGUCUUUGUGGAGUCUUGUUAUACUUGUGAAGCCCACAAAGGGGAACUAAAUGAUGCACUGAGUAUUGAAUCUGAUGACAGAGUCAAAGGAUAUGACUGUUUUUUUUUUUUUGUAUUUUAAUUGUGCCCCUAACAACCUACCUUGUUUAUCCAAAUAUUUCACUUGGAAGUGUUUGGGGAAAUGUUGGUAAAGGGAUCUGUGUAGGAAAAUAGCACUAGAUACCAACCAGAUGAUAUU